GGAUGGUUGGGAAUUGUCCGUGGCCUGACACUCACAUAACGCAUUUUUCGAAAAACCCAACUCUCCAGUCUCCGUCUCUUAACUUCCCUUUUGCUUCUUCUGCACAAAAAUAAACACACAAAUUUGAAGUUCUCUCUUGCUCGUUUGAGUUCCGAACGCAGAGAGAGAGAGCUGCCAUGGGUAGGCCUCCGAGCAACGGAGGCCCUGCCUUCCGCUUCGUCCAGUCUGAGGUUACGGAGAUGGAAGCUAUUCUGCAACAAUACAAUAACACAAUGCCAUCACGUGAAGUGCUUAUGGCCCUUGCGGAUAAGUUCAGUGAAUCACCAGAGCGAAAGGGCAAGAUUACAGUACAAAUGAAGCAAGUUUGGAAUUGGUUCCAAAAUAGGCGAUAUGCUAUUAGGGCAAAAUCAAGCAAGGUUCUUGGUAAGUUAGACGUGUCACCUAUGUCUCGCGAUGAUUUGGCUGCAGCGAGAAAUGUUCCUCAAGGCCCUCAGCAGAUUGCUGCUCCUGUACAUGUUCCUUCUGUUCCAGGCUCAGGAAAGGGUGCUCCUGAAAAUGCUAUCUUUGAGUUUGAAGCUAAAUCUGGCAGGGAUGGUGCAUGGUAUGAUGUUGCAAACUUUUUAUCUCAUAAAAAUUUGGAGACUGGUAAUCCGGAAGUUCUGGUUCGGUUUGCUGGAUUUGGACCAGAGGAGGAUGAGUGGGUUACUGUACGAAAGCAUGUCAGGCAGCGCUCUCUCCCAUGUGAAUCAUCCGAGUGCGUUGCAGUUCUCCCCGGAGAUCUCAUACUAUGCUUUCAGGAAGGUAAAGAGCACGCUUUGUACUUUGAUGCCCAUGUCCUUGAUGCUCAAAGACGAAGACAUGAUGUAAGAGGAUGUCGAUGUAGGUUUCUAGUGCGCUAUGUUCAUGAUCAGUCCGAGGAAAUUGUUCCACUGAGAAAGGUCUGCCGUCGGCCUGAAACAGAUUACAGGUUGCAACAACUUCAUGCUGUGAACGAGGCAAUAUCAGCGGAGCAGAAAAGUAUGGAGCAAUAUAUGGCGUCUGCUACUUCUGGCGAAAUGAUGCAAAAGCAGCAGAAUGCCGUGCCCCCAACUUUUCAUGUUACUGCUUCUUUACCUACCCAAACUACAACUCCAGAGUUGUGAAGAGCUGAAAUCAGCACCGUUGUUAGAUCAGGGAAUUCUAGUGCCCCUCUAAGUAGUAGUACCAUAAUCACAAGCGAGCUGGCUACGGUUGUCGCUCCCGGUGGCUCGGUCUCAACUGUGCCAAAGGGAAAUUGGUAGGUUGCUUUUGACAAAUUUGUGAGCCCCUUUUGUGUCAACACAGUUUUCAUCAAUGUAUGAGUUUCCCCUGUAUACUAAUUUCUGAAUGACAAGAAUGGUUGGAAAGAACUCUCUGAGAUUUUAUAAUUUCAACUCUAACCUUCAAUUGUUCAA